AUUUUGCCACUGUUGACGGCCCUCUCUUUCGUGUUCCGUUUUUUCCACUUUAGUGUUUCGGAAGAAUCUAAAUAACAAUUAUUUAGUUCUUUCAUUUUAAAAUACUUUCUUAAGUUUUCCAUCAAGUACCCUAACAUCAUACAAAAUGACUGCUGACAAGAAAGUUAAAGUAAAGAAACCCAAGGUGAAGAAAACGCCAAUUCAAAGCGUACAAGUGUUCGGCCGUAAGAAAACUGCCACAGCUGUAGCUUACUGCAAAAGUGGUACUGGUAACAUCAGAGUGAAUGGCCGUCCAUUAGAUAUGGUUGAACCUAGAGUUCUUCAAUACAAAAUUCAAGAACCCAUUUUGUUGUUGGGCAAAGAUCGUUUUAAUGAAGUUGAUAUGAGAGUACGUGUCAACGGUGGUGGACAUGUCGCUCAAAUUUAUGCUAUCAGACAAGCUAUUUCCAAGGCCUUAGUUUCAUAUUAUCAAAAAUAUGUUGAUGAAGCCAGCAAGAAAGAAAUUAAAGAUAUCUUAAUUCAGUAUGAUAGAACAUUAUUGGUUGCCGAUCCAAGACGUUGUGAACCUAAGAAGUUUGGAGGUCCAGGAGCUCGUGCCAGAUACCAAAAAUCAUACCGUUAAUCUUUUUUUUUAUACAUGUAUAUUGACUUUAACAAUAUAUGUAAACUGAAAAAA